AUGAGCGAGUGUUGCAAGACCGGUUUCCGCUGGAUGGGCACUCCUGAAGGCAAAGAGACUAAGGUCACCUUUACUAACGCUCGCUUACUCGCAGACCACUAUGCCAAAGAGACCGAUGCCACCGUAUACCUCGUCGACUUCUUCAGCGGUGAAGUUAUGACGCCAGACAUGAUGGAAAACCUCAAGAAGGCAAAUGCCUUUAGUGUUAGAGCCUUCCUAGGUCGCCACAGCAAGGCCGUGAGAGGCCCCAAGAUCUUUGCUGCGGCCAAAGCACUUAAGCAAGAACUUAGGUACAAGACAGUCGGAGGUAUUGGUUUCUGCUAUGGAGGCUAG